GGUAUCAUGAUAUAGUGCCAUUUUUAUUGCUCAGGGUUUAAGGACCGGCCCUGCCACCGCUGAUUGUCAAUCUGAUGGCGGCGCCGGCGACAAACAAUAACGGCACAGCACCUUACCGGCCGUAUCGACAGAAGAAAGUCCUGGCGGCUCAUUCACGGGCCCUCUCCUGCGUGAAGUUCUCGAACGACGGCCAGCUCUUUGCCUCCGCCUCUUUGGACACAACCCUAAUUGUCUGGUCAUCCGAAACCCUAACGAAGCUCUCCCAUCUCGUGGGCCACUCCCACGGCGUGUCCGACCUGGCCUGGUCUCCCGACUCCACCUACAUCUGCUCCGCCUCCGACGACUGCACCAUCCGCAUCUGGGUCGCCAGCUCCGGCGAGUGCCGCAAGACCCUCCGCGGCCACACCAAUUUCGUCUUCUGCGUCAAUUUUAACCCCCAAUCCAACCUCAUCGCCUCCGGAUCAUUCGACGAGACCAUCCGGAUCUGGGAUGUGAAAACGGGCAAGUCUGUGCACGUGAUCCAGGCCCAUUCCCUGCCCGUCACCGCGGUGCAUUUCAACAAGGACGGCACUAUGCUUGUUUCCAGCAGCCAUGACGGCUCUUGUAAGACUUGGGACCCUACCACCGGCGCGUGCUUGAAGACCCUCAUAAAUGAUGUGGACCACCCCGUUUCGUUUGCCAAAUUCUCUCCCAAUGGCAAGUUCAUACUCGUCGCCACUCGCGAUGAUACUCUUGUGAGUUUAGCUUUCAACCCAUCUCUUAAAUUUCUGAUAUUUUCAAUUUUUGAAGAUCUUGUUUUCCUUUAUUACCGGAGUAUUUGUUAUUUGGCUUCUGUUUGAUUCUUGCGAGAGCAUAAAACACAUUCUUGAGCAUUCAAUCAAAAGUUUGACGUAGUUUUUGGGAACUAGAAUUCAUUUGAAAUUUCAUAAUUUCAAAUAUUGUAGGGAAUUCUUGCUGUGUUUACUUUUCUGUAUCUCAUUUUUUGUUAUUGGUGAUGUUUGAAGAAACUGUGGAAUUACGC